CGCCAAAUUCCUCGACUCAACCAUAAAAACACUUGAAUCUGAAGCGCGUACCACACACACGCCAACAUUUUCUUAAAAUCAAAAGCAUAUCAUUAUCAUAAAGUUGCAUGUAUACCCAUCACCGUCACCUCAUUCGCUCUCUUCCUCUUUCUGUCAAGUGUUUUUCGCCAUGGAAACAUCGUCAUCAGAUUUAAGCAAUCUCCAGAUUGCCUAAACCCUAAUCUGAUGAGAUCCGUUUUCCGAAAUAAAGAAAAUAAAAAGCCUUGUUUCAACUCCGAAAUCACGAAUUUAUAAAACAGAAAAAAAACGAAACACGAUUAGACUCUGACACGGCGCCUAACAACGUAACAUAUGUGUGGAGUCUCUAUUUUGUUUUGAGAGAGAAAUGCCGAGCGUAGCUGUGAAGCUAUACAGUGUUUUCUUCAAGUUCCUCUUGAAACACCGACUACAGAACCGGAUCCAAACCCCGUCCGCUGAAUCCGAUCCGUUUGGAGUGACGACCCGACCUGAAGAAUCCGUGGCCCCGUCCAAUCCUUUAUUCUCUGACGGAGUUGCGACAAAGGAUAUCCAUAUCGACCCGUUCACUUCUCUCACGGUCCGGAUUUUUCUACCCGAAUCCGCCCUCCAUUCGCCCGAAUCUGAUUCCAAACUUCAAUCUAAAACUAAAGCCCGUUUGAACUCUAGGAAGGCCGAUCUGGAAGAGAGCGAGGUGCUUUUACGGAGGUACAGUUACGGCUCGUCGAAUGUGGGGACUGCGGUAACGAGACAGGAAGAAUAUCGGAGAAGUAGUCACGGUGGUGGUGGUAGUGACGUGGAGGCUUUGAAUUUGAAAUCCGACGCGUAUAGAGGGUAUGCACCGGUGGAUGUGAACCGGAGGAAAUUACCGAUAAUGUUACAGUUUCACGGGGGAGGGUGGGUGAGUGGGAGCAACGAAUCGGUGGCGAACGAUUUUUUCUGUCGGCGGAUCUCGAGAUUGUGUGAUGCGAUUGUUGUGGCGGUAGGGUAUAGGUUGGCGCCGGAGAAUAGGUACCCGGCGGCGUUUGAGGAUGGGCUCAAAGUGUUGAAUUGGUUGGGGAAGCAGGCGAAUUUGGCGGAGUGUAGUAAGAGCAUGGGGAAUGCGCGUGGUGGUGUUGUGGAGUCUAGAAAGGCGGACACUAAUCGACAUAUUCUGGAUGCAUUUGGUGCGGCUAUGGUGGAACCCUGGUUGGCUGCUCAUGGAGAUCCUUCAAGAUGUGUUCUACUUGGGGUGAGCUGUGGUGCAAACAUUGCAGACUAUGUGGCUCGGAAAGCUGUUGAAGCAGGAAGGCUUCUGGACCCUGUCAAAGUUGUUGCACAGGUUCUGAUGUACCCUUUCUUCAUUGGAAGUAUCCCAACACAUUCAGAGAUAAAGUUGGCUAACUCCUACUUCUACGACAAGGCUAUGUGCCUACUUGCAUGGAAACUUUUUCUUCCUGAGGAGGAGUUCAGUCUGGACCAUCCAGCUGCUAACCCCCUCGUCCCAGAUCGGGGGCCACCUUUGAAGCUCAUGCCCCCAACACUCACAGUGGUAGCUGAACAUGACUGGAUGAGAGAUAGGGCCAUUGCUUACUCAGAGGAGCUCCGGAAGGUAAAUGUUGAUGCACCUGUUCUUGAAUACAAGGAUGCAGUUCACGAAUUUGCAACACUUGACAUGCUUCUGAAGACCCCACAGGCCCAUGCCUGUGCCGAGGACAUUGCCAUCUGGGUUAAGAAGUACAUCUCAUUUCGAGGCCACGAGUUCUCUUAUUAAAUAGGAGAUGUUAAACCUUUAAACAGUUCCAGCUAUUCCUGAUAUAUGCUUUGCUAUUUUAUGGGAAAGGGAGUUUCAAAUUGUUGCCAUUGAAUCGUGAUGAGAUCUGCACUAUUUUGCAUGAGCUCUUUCCGGCCAAUUUAGCUGCUGGUUCUCCAUCAGUUUUCAUAUUUUACCUCGCCCUAUUUUGUUCUUUUUGUAAUAUAGAGAACUUCUCAGAGUAGAAAAUUUGUGAGGUGUGAGAUGAGAGAUGAUAUUACAUCCUGUUUGAGUAUUGUGCUUCCAAAAUAUUGCCACCGGUAACAAAUUUUUCUGUGUAUUAAAGUGUACUAUAUCAGGAUUGCCCAUGAAUAGGGUUUAUUCGAAAGAAAA